CUACUUUUCAGAUUUCAUUGACUACUGUAUUCGAGUAUGCAUGAUUGCUUACAACGAUCGGACUCAUCGGAGUUGGGGACUGCACUCUCCUCGUGCUUGCUUGCUUGUCCUUGCCUUGCUGCCGAGGUCUGCAAAAGACCGAUCAGGUUUAGGACGCAAAUGAGUCAAAUUAGUCAAAUGUGAUUAAGUGGAUCAAAUGUGCACGUCUGUAAUGCAAGUCUGCCACACUCCCCCGCAACUCCUGGCGGGCUUUGCUCUGAGUUUAGCAGUAAAUUGAAUUGGCUGGACUGGAUGAGGCCUUCAGUUUAGUCAGGAAUCUCCCGCCACCCCAACAUCGGAGCAUUGGGAGUAACAGACGCAUCCAGGCCGGCCCCAGGCCAGGCUGGGCCCAGACUCCAACCGACCACGGACCACGGACCAAGCAAGACUUUCUUCCUACCUAUCCUCGAGGAAGAGUUGGAAGGAAGAAACUUCUGCCUUUCAAUGCCCCCUCAAAUCACCAUCACCAUCACCCCCCACCACCUCCCUCAAUCCACUGCCGUAGCUGUUGACUGUCGACGAGCUACGCUUGCUUCCGCAGAUGUGGACAGCAAGAAUCCAAACCUGGAGUGCCUUUCCCGACGUCACACCCGAGGGCAGCGGUCCCACCGGUGCACCGCACUCUUUGCGCAAAGGCGAAGCGAGUUGUGGUCCAGACUUUCAGCUUCCCAUUCCACCAUCUGCUUCUGCUUCUGCUUCUCCCGAGUAUACGGUUUCUUGUCGUGGGAGCAAGCAACCGCAACAUUUCUUGUGGGCUCGAGAUUUUAGGCGGAGAAGCGUCCUGUCGUUUCUGUUUCUCUCACGUGGUCCGUCUUCCACCGUCUCGGCCGCUCUCGACCAGUGAGCUCGUGCGCUUGGGCACCAUCGUCUGCCUGCGGCUCUGCGGCCGUUCUGCAAGUCGUUCAUCCUCUGGCGGAAUUGGUUCGCCCGAUUCGACCACUCUUCGGUCUCAUGCUGCCGUUGAAAUGUCCGGCACCUCGAGGCGGCAACGGGCCAGACAGCCGAGCCGAUCGGAUGGCAUUUGAGGGCACGAUUGAGUGAAGGGAUUGACCUAAUCUCCGAGCUCGAGCCUCAGCUGAAGAAGAAUCUCGGAGCGGGUCAAAGACCAUGGCGGGCAAGCAAGAUCGACCGAGACGAGGAGUGAUGAGAUGAGACUGUGCGACCGAAAGUUGACGAGGAGCAUUGCUGGUGCAGCUUCUUCUCCUCGAGUGGGUGGUGUAUAAAGGUCGGGAGCGGAGGGAGAGGAGGGAGAGGGAGUAGGGAGGAGGAGGAUGACGAAAUUGAAGGGGGCGAUUAUGACGGAGAGAAACAAGCCGGGGCUUCUGGCAGCGACCUCGCGCUGCUGCAUGGCAUUUCUGUUCUGCAAGAAGCAGGCAGAAGCCAGCAUCGAGGACUUCGAUGAAGAACUCAGGAGCGAUGUGACGCAGAUUCACGUCACCACUCUGGAUGAGGUGGUGAGCGUGAAUUCCUUCUUCUGCAUCGCUGUGUUUCUGGGCCUCUCGUUCAACUACACGCCCGAAGAUGUCGCCGAGAGGUCCAUGGCUCCCAGCGACGCCAAAUGCAGGGUCGGAAUGAACACCUACAGAUACCUCCUCAUGUUCGAAGUUCUGGCUUUCAGUUGUUUCCUCUUCUCCAGCCUCGUCGCUCACGGCAUCAAGCUCUACAUUGUUCUGGGUAACGGCACCGAGCUCGAGAAUGUCCGCUCUGCCGGGGUGAACAACAGGUUUCUGCGCCUGGGCAUUCUUCUGUCGGCGAUCGGAUCUGUUGUGGGUACUGUGUUUUUGACCCUUUCGUUAGUCAACAUUGUUCAAAUCAGGUUCGGAAAUCUGCAGUGCGGAAGCGUUUGGACGAACCGCACUGCCAUUCCACUGGUCGUUCUCGUGGGCAGUGGGGUGUCCAUUUUCGUGUCCUCUGUAUUUAUAGCGUUCAGGAAAUAGCUCUCUUCCUGUCGUCGUCCUUCAAAGCGCUGGUGACGCCAAGUUCUCCUGCUGCGAUUCCAGUCACCGGUUGACUAUAAUCGAGUCGACUGUCAGUUUUUCCAACACUCCUUUUGUAUAUGUUAUGCUGAGGCUCGCUCAUCUGUAUAAGAAUCAGAGACGACAUUGCUCCCUCGUGACUGCCCACUAGAGCUGCCGGCUGAUGUGCAUGUGAUGCUUCAUGUGUCCUC